AUGUACUUUGAACAUAAAGUAAUCGUGGUAACAGGUGCAAGCGCUGGUAUUGGCGCUGAUGCCGCCAUUUUGUUUGCUAAACAGUCAGCUAAGGUUGUACUUGUUGGAAGAAAUGAAGGUGCUUUAAUCAAUGUGGCAAAAAAAUGCGAAGAAGCUAAAGGUCUCAAACCACUUAUUGUCAAAGCCGAAUUAACUAACGAUAAUGAUGUGAGAAAUAUUGUUACAAAGACGAUUGAAAAUUUCGGACAUAUUGACGUUCUCGUAAAUAAUGCUGGUGUUGGGAUUAAGGGCGGUAUUUGUGAUGGUGUUGAUUUGUAUGAUCGUGCCAUGGCAACUAAUGUUCGUGCAAUAUAUCUGUUAACGAGUCUCGCUACUCCUUAUCUUGUACAAUCAAAAGGAAAUAUUGUCAACGUUUCUAGUAUUGCAGCCUUUAAACCAAUCAGAGAUAUUGAAUUCUUACCGUAUUGUAUAUCAAAAGCUGCCCUAGAUCAGUUCACAAGAUGCGUUGCUUUGGAACUGGGCAGAGAAGGUGUUCGUGUUAAUUCCGUUAGUCCUGGUUGUACAAAGACUAGUUUUCUGGAAUCUGCUGGCUAUACUAAGGAACAAGCAGAAGAAUUGUACAAAUACCGUGAUACAUGUAUUCCACUUCGAAAAGUAGCGAAAAGCAAAGAGGUGGCAGAUCUUAUUCUAUACCUCGCGAGCGAUCGCGCCUCUAGUAUCACAGGUGCCAUUUUUGUUAUUGAUAACGGCGAAAACUUAAUGUAA